UCUUCUGUCAAAAAUCAAGAAAUUCACCCAACCUUUAGCAGCAGCAACAGCAACGGCAACAUGUCGUCCUGCACGUGGAGGUUUCUUCUGCUUCUGGUGGUGUGUGUCUUCUGCCCACGACACGCCCUCUCGCGGACACCACCCAACCAGCUUCCACACAUCGUCUUUAUCGUCGCUGAUGAUUUAGGUUGGAACGAUGUCGGUUGGAGGGAGCCCAAGAUGCACACCCCGAAUCUUAACUUCCUGGCUUUGAACGGGAUCAUUUUGAACAACUCCUAUGUCCAGCCCCUGUGCUCUCCAUCUCGCAGUGCCUUCAUGUCUGGUUAUUUCCCUUUCCAUACGGGUCUCCAGCAUGAUGUGAUAGGACCUAUGCAACAAGCGUAUCUGCCAGCAAACCUCACCACCCUCCCCGAGGCGCUGAAGAAAGUCGGUUACGCCACCCACGCUGUUGGCAAAUGGCAUCUGGGAUACUGCAACUGGAAGUAUACACCGACCUAUCGAGGGUUUGACAGUUUCAUGGGCUACUACAAUGCUGCAGAGGACUAUUAUACACACAAGCUCGGACCAGGUUUGGAUCUGAGGAUUGACGAGAACGUAGACACGGAGGAUACUGGGAAAUAUUCAGCAUACUUCUAUGCCGCACGCGCCCAACAGAUCAUCGCCGCACACAAUGCGUCCCAGCCCUUGUUCUUGUACCUGCCUUUCCAGUCUGUUCAUGAACCUCUCGAGGUUCCUGAGGUCUACGAAAACGUGUUUUGCUCAGGGACACAAAACUCCACUCGUAAAACAAAAUGCGGAAUGGUUGCUAUCCUUGACGAGGCAAUUGGGAAUAUAACUGGACUACUGGAUACUAGGGGCUUCAUGGAAAACAUCCUCAUCAUCUUUACUACAGACAAUGGUGGUCCCGUAUGGGCAGCCGGCAACAACUGGCCUUUAAGGGGGGCUAAAUCUACCUUGUGGGAAGGAGGCACCCGGGGUACUGGCUUUGUCUACAGCAGGAAUCUCUUCAAGCAAACUGGGAUCAUCCAUGACGGUCUUAUGCAUGCGGUCGACUGGUUCCCAACCAUCAUGAGCCUUGUUGGCGGUCAAACACCCCCAGGUAUUGAUGGGGUCAGCCAGUGGGAGUCUAUUCUCAAUGGAAGUCCAAGUCCACGCUAUGAUUUCGUCUACAACAUUGACCAAAUACUCCAGAACUCAGCUAUAAGAAAUGGAGACUGGAAGCUGAUCCAGGGGUCACCGGGUACAUGGAAUGACUGGUACCCUGUUCCUGGAGUCGAUAGUGAUGACAGCGUGACUCCUGACUACACCAAGUUUGCCCCAGACGACUACCAGCUUUACAACAUCAAGGAGGACCCCGAGGAGAGGAAUGACGUCAAGAGCCUGUACCCGGAUGUUCUAGUCGCCAUGCAGCUGAGACUGGCACAAUGGCUGAAUACAGAGGUGCCGCCGAAUUUCCCUGGCCCUGAUCCCGCCGCUAACCCGGCUAGGUAUGGCGGUGCCUGGAGUCCUGGCUGGUGCUGAUGUCGGCGUCAACACCCUCCUUUACUCAUCUCUCGGUCACAAAUUUGUAUGUCGCUUAUCUGUGUCGAUAAUUAAAGUGAGAAAAGUGAGGACCACUGAGCUAGUAGUUCGCUUUUAUUAUUAAAUAUUUGUCGGAUUUUCACUCUUGCACGCUUUGACGAUAUCUUUAUCUGCUGUAAAUAAAUUCCAGUGACAGCUACUUGUUUGCUGUGAUGUUAUUUCUCAUUAAAUCUUGAUAUGACUAAUCUCUGUUAUUUGGAGAUUUGUGGCAGUCAGUGAUCCCCCUUUGCUUCCGGAAACCUGUGGUAGUAUCCACAGGAUCU